GCAUGGAGAGCUUCAGCAUGGGCGCGAAAGAUUGUCCAGAGAUAUGGCUCUGGUAUUCGCUUGUUUGGGUUACGCCAAAAAUUUGUUAGCAAAUCGUGGAUGUCCUCGAAAGAAGCAUAGUCCAUGUAGAUAUCGCCCAGAUGUAGCCCUGACGGACGUAUAUGCAGCGAAGAAUCGUAAGCCUCCAGUAUGUGAGGGCAGUUCAAGCGCGAGAGAUCCUGCUAUAUACCAACCUCAUGCCCAACGUCGAGGCUCAACUGAUUUAUGUUAGUAUCUCG